AUGUAUUGUGAAGUUAUCACUGUAAAAACUAAUGAGCGGGAAUUUUUUGUUGUGGCCAUUCCCACUCCAGAACUAAAGCCUCCAAAGAAAGCUAUGAAUGUACAAUGCAUUUACUUCUUUGGUACAAAUAACUAUGCGUGGAUCGAGGAACACAACAUAAAGCCUUACCAGGAGCAUAAAGAGCAGUUGAUAAAGUCGUGUAAGACGACCGCCUUCAAGGAGGCAGUGGCGCAGAUAGAAGAAUACAUAGAGAACCCUGAGAAAUGGGGGGAUUUCGAAGAACACGUUCGUAAUCCCGAAGAAGAGUUUGAUAAACUAAAAGAUGUAAUGAAGGAAGAAAGUUCUGAUGAAAAACAGCAGGAAGAGGAACCCUCGCCUGAAGUGAAGAAAAAGAGCUCUACGCCAAAGAUACGUUAUGGAUUUUCAAAGGUGAAGCCAGUGAAGCGGUCUUCAUCGGCCGGACUCAAACCCACUCCCAGGAAGAAGGCGAAGAGUGGUUCCCGCUCCUUCACAGACACGGAGAUCGCAAACGACAAGCCUUCCAUGCUGAACCACUCAUUCUCCAAGAAGUCCAGCUUGCUACACCGCCCAUCCAAUAUAUUGAGACCCGACACGCCGCCAUUAGACCUGGAGAAUGUGUCAGAAACUCUCUUGGAGAAGAACAUUAAAGCCAGCCAGAUGAAGUUCGGUUUCCUCGGUCUAGGGAUUAUGGGCAGCGGCAUAGUGAAGAACUUGCUUAACUCCGGACACAAGGUGCUCGUGUGGAACAGAACAGCGGCUAAGAAACGUUACAUACACAUCAUAACGAUCGUUGUUCUAUUUGGCGAUCAACAAUUAGACGGUGACACUACGACUAAUAGUAAUAAUAAGAAUAAGGACACCGACAGGCCGACAGGGGAGAGGGCCGUCGGCCAGUUCACACACCGACACCACAAACGACACUAG